AUGAAAUUGUUGUUAGUGUUGUGCCUCUUCCUGGUUACCAUUUCUUCAGCCUUUGCCGGUACUGAUGGUGAUCCAUGCGAAACUCCUAAAGACUGCCGUCAAGUGAUUUGUCAUCGUGAACCUGAAUGCAGGGAUCAUAAGUGCUUCUGUGAUUGGACGCCGUUUACUGAAAGAUCUGUAAUCAAAGAUGAUAAGGAUAAGCAGUGA